AACUUAACUUCCGGUUUGAUUCAGGCUCCGUAGAAUGUUUUUCGGCUUUAGGCAGUACCCUUGCGCAGUGUCACAGUUAUCCUACGUCAUCCGUCAUUUUCUUCAACUGCACUUGCAAUUUGCAGUUCUAUAUCUCCGAGGGAUAUAUUUUGUUUGUCGUAUGUCCAUCCAGAAUCUCAACACAUUCGACCCCUUUGCAGAUGCAAUCAAGGGUUCAGAUGAUGAUGUCCAAGACGGUCUCGUGCAUAUAAGGAUCCAACAGCGGAAUGGUCGUAAGACCUUAACAACGGUACAGGGGCUUUCUUCUGAAUAUGACUUGAGAAAAAUAGUACGAGCAUGUAAAAAGGAGUUCGCCUGCAAUGGGACAGUAAUUGAACACCCAGAGUACGGGGAGGUGCUGCAGCUGCAGGGGGACCAGCGAGAAAAUAUAUGCCAGUGGUUAACAAAGUCAGGUCUGGCCAAACCUGACCAACUCAAAGUCCAUGGUUUUUAAUCGACAAACCACCCAUGCCACUAUAUAAGGCAAUUCCACAUUCAUCAAUAUAUAAUACCUUAUCAUCUUAAAUUAUCUGUAUCAGUCACUAUCACUUGUUGAUACUUCGUGGGAUACCUUAUUAUAUACACAUAUAUAUUUCAAUAAAAAAAAAAAAAUAAAUAAAAUAAAAAAAAAACUAAAAAAAAAAAACUAUAUAACACAGUACCGAGAUAUAGGCACAAUAUUCUAAUCAGACGUUUUUUCUAAGAUUUUAGGAAG